ACACACACACACACACACACACAGUGGGUUAUGACAGGUGAGGAAUUUUUACAGUAGUGUUGUAUUGAAGGUGUGUUUGCUCUCGUCAGCAUAAAGAGAAGUUUUUUUAUGUGAACUCAGUGAGAGAGAGAGACAGAGCUGACAGCUUCCUCUUCAGGACAGACAGUCAGGAGGUUUUCUAAAAUCACGUCUGCUCCCCAGAGGAUUAACCGGAACAUCGACUCUGAAAUAUCAAACUUUUGUUAAAAAGUUAUCGUGAGGAUGGAGGGCGAGGAGGACGGGUUGGGCCGGGUCAGGGAGCUGCAGGAGCAGAGGAUGGCGGUGCAGAAGAAAACCUUCACCAAGUGGAUGAACAGCGUCUUCUACAAGAACGGGGAGCCGUUGGAGCUGACGGACGUUUACACCGAGCUAAAGACCGGAGUCGUUCUGAUCCGUCUGCUGGAGUUCAUCUCCAGAGAGAAGCUGCCGCCACCCAGCCGCCGCAAACUGAGAGUCCACUGUCUGGAGAACAACAGCAAUGCCAUUAACUUCCUCAAAACCAAGAUUCGGGUGGAUCUGAUUGGUCCAGAGAAUGUGGUGGACGGAGACCGCACGCUGAUCCUCGGUCUGCUUUGGAUCAUCAUCCUCAGGUUCCAGAUUGGACCCAUCAACCUGGACGAGGCUGGUGGAGGAGGUAGUGUGGCUCAUCGCUCGGCAAAGGAGGCUCUGUUGAUCUGGUGUCAGAGGAAAACGUCGGGUUACGAUGGCGUUGACGUGCAGGACUUCUCUUCAAGCUGGAGGAGUGGACUCGCCUUCAAUGCCCUCAUCCACGCACACAGGUCUGACCUGUUUGAUUACCGCCGUCUCCAUGCCGAUGACCCCCGUCGUAACUUGGAGCACGCCUUCUCCAUGGCUGAGCGAGAGUUUGGCAUCAUGCAGCUGCUGGAGGUGGACGACAUGGUGGUUCCUCACCCGGAUGAGAAGUCCAUCAUGACCUACGUGUCCCUGUACUACCACUACUUCUCCAAGAUGAAGCAGGGACAGACCAUCCAGAAGAGACUCACCAAGGUCUGAAAGAGCGGUUUUCAUAGUAGUGAAACAAAAUUAUCACAAAUAUCUUCCUUUUUACAAGUUAAAUACUUUGAGAUAUAUACAUCUACAUUUUAUUAGGAACCUUGAAAACAUUUUAAAACAUUUCCCCCAAGCUUCUUACUGGUUAACAGUU